AAACAAGUCAUUCGUCCAGGAACAAAUGCAAUGCGACCAACUGCGCAUAACGACUUCAUGAAUACCAGAAACUGCUUUUAACAUAGUGCAUUCGUGUUUGUUUGUGGUUCUGUGCGCAAAUACCGCAUUCGUAUAUAUUCUGUAGUUCUGUAUUUCGUCGGACAACUUUCAAUUGGAAGACAUAAGAUGAAGCAAAAGAAAAUGACAAAAACAAAGAAGUAGCGGAAUUUUGUAUUUUGUUCACCGUAAUUGCUUGGUCGCUUGGUUCAGUUCGAAAGCAAUUCAAUUCGCUGUCGCUCGUCAUCGACAACAAUCGUUCGUUAUUCGUUAUACAAGCUCCGCAAUAAUUCUGCGCGCAGAAGAUCAGCAGGGAGUUGAAUAUAAUGGAAUAACUGCAUAUAAAAAAUCAAAUCUAAUUGGAAAAUUUUCUUGAAAAAUCUUUGGAAAGAAUAUUUGCUGUUAAUCGGUAGUGUGUCAAUGUUCUCAAAUUAUGUUAGUGUGUGUAGAAAUUGAUGAAAAUUCAAUGAAAAUUAUUAAAUCGAAUAGAGCUUUUGUGGCAGAGGAAAAUUUAGAAGCGCAAAUUGGCAAAAUAUAUUGACGCGAAUGUGUUAAUUGCGUUCGUCAAUGUGUGUUUUUGUGUGCGUACUUGAGUAGGUGUGCAUUGCAGUCGAUUUUUAUUGCUGAACGGAUCUUAACAGCAGACAAAAAAGUUACGGAAGUGCAAAAAAAAAUAUAUGUAUUUAUAUAGAAGUAUUUCAUAAAUAAAAGUUUGUGAAAAUUUAUCACUGUAUAAAAUUGGCAUUGGAAGAAUUUGACGCUGCUGUGAGCAGCAAAGAAAGUGCAAUAACAGAGAUUGCAAGGCAGUGGAGUGCAGGAAAAUCAAUCAAGAAUUUUCAGUGUAUUUUAAAUACAAUGCAGUAAUUAAAACGCAAUGUAAAACAGCAUAUAAGAGCAGAAAAUAUUGCAAUGCUAAGAAAAUAAUUAAGUUUGUGAAAAAUGCAGAAAAACAAUUCAUUUCGAUGAUAACAAAGAGCAUAAAGUUGAAUAUUCUUGCAUUUUGCAUAUUCUGCUGUUCGCAAUUUAACAGCUGAUAAAAAUUAAUAAGUGGUGACAGCAAAUAAAUAAAUAAAAAAUUGCCCUAUUGUGAAAAUCUUAUCAUAUUUUUAUAGGACUGCUGCAAAUCUAUCUGGUGCGACAAAGGGCGACUCAACAUUGCAACUAAAAAGUACAUUCUGAUAGGUACAUUAAUAGAUAUUGGAAUGCAACUUUUCAAUUGCUACUAUCCAUCAAAAGCAGUCCAAUAAGGGUCUAGUGCAGAUAUAGAUUCAUAGAUUAAUGAACACUUACGUAAAUAUAUAAAUGACUGAUACGCAAAGGUCGUCACGGUAAAUUUUUUAACUACGCAUUUUGCUUGAGAGAAAGCAGUGAAACAAAACAAAGAAAGAUAAGGCAAUGAAAAGUGGCUUAAAAUCAUAACACAGUAUCGUGUGACAAGUAUUGUAUUUAUAAUUAAUUGCUUUCUGCUCACAAAGCCUAUUAGUUGCAAAAGCGUUUUAUCUGCUGGUAAAAAAAGCAAAAAACAAGAAAAUUGUAUAGCACGGGCACACAAUCGUCACAUACUCUAUUAAAAUUUAAAUAUUUUUUUGUUUGACAACGAGUUGAUAACGUCAAUUAUUAUCACUGUGUAAUAUUCGCCGUGAUAUUCUGCCAGACUUGGUGGUGGCUUCGUGCUUAUUUUAUGUGCUUAGGUAGCAAUAAAUCCACAGUGAUAACUACAAUUUCAGCAAAAAGUUGCAAAGAUGACUAACAAUGCUACCAACUCCACAUCUCGAUUUCGCUCACAACGCAACGACCAGACAUUCCUCAGCUCUUCGGAUGCGGAUGACGAACCUAUAAAACAACUGCCAAAGGAAAUUCUUUUACGUAUUUUCUCCUAUUUGGAUGUGGUGUCUUUAUGCAGAUGUGCACAAGUCUGCAAAUAUUGGAAUGUGUUGGCCUUGGAUGGAUCAAGUUGGCAGAAAAUCAAUUUGUUUGAUUUUCAACGUGACAUCGAGGGUCCAGUUAUUGAAAAUAUAUCCCAACGAUGUGGUGGCUUUUUGAAAUUCCUGUCAUUGCGCGGCUGUCAAUCAGUUGUUGAUAAAUCAAUAAGAACAUUAGCAUUUCACUGCCCCAACAUAGAAAACUUGGACUUAUCCGAAUGCAAGAAGAUCACCGAUAUAUCGACACAGUCAAUAAGCAAAAACUGUGUACGAUUAGCAGCAAUCAAUUUGCAAUCGUGCUCUAAUAUAACCGAUGAUAGUUUAAAAUAUAUAUCGGAUGGUUGUCCGAACUUACUUGAAAUCAACAUUUCAUGGUGUCAUUUAAUCUCAGAGAAUGGCGUUGAGGCCUUGGCGCGCGGCUGCAAAAAGCUGCGCAAAUUCUGCAGCAAAGGUUGUAAACAAGUCAAUGACAAUGCCAUCACCUGCCUGGCUAAAUUCUGUCACGACCUAAUGGUGCUCAAUUUACACAGCUGUGAGACAGUCACCGAUGCCUCGAUACGACAGAUCGCCGCCAACUGUCCUAAAUUACAAAAGCUUUGCGUUUCGAAAUGCGUCGAACUCUCCGAUCUCUCGCUAAUGGCUCUCUCACAGAAUAAUCCAUUGCUGAAUACGCUUGAAGCAUCUGGCUGUCGUAAUUUCACCGAUAUCGGUUUCCAGGCCUUGGGCAAGAAUUGCAAAUACUUGGAACGUAUGGACUUGGAGGAGUGCAAUCAGAUAACCGAUUUAACGUUGGCGCAUUUGGCAACCGGUUGUCCCAGUUUAGAGAAACUGACUUUGUCGCAUUGUGAGCUUAUCACUGACGAUGGAAUACGUCAGCUGGCGGCUGGUAGUUGUGCAGCUGAGAGUUUAUCCGUCCUCGAAUUGGAUAAUUGUCCAUUAAUCACCGAUCGUACAUUAGAGCAUUUAGUAUCUUGUCACAAUUUACAAAGAAUCGAGCUAUUCGACUGCCAAAUGAUAUCGAGAGCAGCAAUACGAAAAUUAAAGAAUCAUCUACCAAAUAUUAAGGUACACGCCUAUUUCGCACCAGUUACACCGCCACCAGUUACCACUGGACAUCGCCCACGGUAUUGUCGCUGUUGUGAGAUUCUCUGAGAUUCGGCCAUCGGCUUCGCCAGGAAAUUCUUGUGCAAGGGCCCUACUGACUGAUGUUUGUAUAUAUUUACUAGUACAUUUCUAAUUGUUUUGACGAUCAUUAUGACAUCGCUAACACUCAUGUAUCUCUUCUCGAUGAUUUACUAUGUUUUUUGAAAAAUAACCAAAAACAACAAAAUGACAACAUGUAUAUGUAUGAAAACGGCAACAACAACAACAAUUAUAAUACUAUAACAACAAACACGAGCAAAAUUGCACGAAAAUUGUAUGUAAAUACAUAACUACUAAUGUGAGAGAAAUUCUUAA